AUGAAGUCCUUCGCCAUUGCAGCGGCCCUUGCCGGCCAGCUCGCUUCCGUUUCUGCUUCACCGACCGUGGGCAGCAAGGUUGUUGGCAAGCGAAACCCCCUCGGGAUCAGUCUGCCUCCCCUGAUUCCUUCGAUUCCCGGAGUCACGGAGCCGCUUGCGUCCAAUGCUCCGCCCCUGCCUAUUCUCCAGAUCCCGACCCCUCCUGUGGACAGCCCACCAUUUGAGGUCAAUACCAAGAUUAAGCCUAAGAAGAUUGGCUACUUCUGGACUGGUGCUGGAGACAACAUCCACAAGGACUUCCUUGUCACCACCAGUCUUGACGAUGACACAUUUGGCACGAUCAUCGGCCUCUCUGAUGUUCCUACCAGUGGCAACUCGCCUCAUCAUCUGGGAACCUCGUUGGAUGGCAAGACUCUUGUCGGUGGCGGCCUGCUGUCGCUGCUCAAGACGCAGGAUACUGCCUUCUACUGGGACUCGAGUGACCCAUACAACCCCAAGUUCAGCCACAGCAACCGUGCCCUGCUGAGCUCCAUCACGGACGAGAUCCGGGCGAAGCCCGAAGGUGGUUUCUUCAUCACCUACAUGGGUAGUGCUCUGGGCACGUCCCCUGGCCGCCUGGUUGAGACCGACGCCAAGGGCAACAUCAUCCACGAGUGGCCGGAGGAUGUUGAGGGAACUCUCAACAUUCUUGGAGAGCAGUUCAGCCCGCACGGUCUGAGCGUCGACUUUGAGAAGGAUGUCAUCCUUACCUCGGACUUUGUGGUUCCUCUGACUAUCCUGAAGCCCGUCUCUGCUGUUGGCAUCCAGAAGGCAAACACCCUGCGCCUCUGGAGGCUGUCUGACCGCAAGAUCCUGUCCACCAUUACCAUCCCUCACGGUGGCGGUAUCCAGGACGUCAAGUUCAUCCCAGGAAACAAGGAGAGCGCCGCUCUUGCUACUGCUGUCGAGACGGGCGAGGUCUGGGUAAUUUACCCGUUCCGCAAGGACGCCAACGGCAAGCAGGGUACGGCCGAGUUGCUCUACGACCUGGGAGACAAGGCCAAGAAGUCCGUCGCCAUCUACUCCGACAUCUCUGAUGACGGCAAGUGGGCGUACUUCACCCUGACCCUUGGUAACCACGUCGCUGCUCUCGACAUCUCCGACCUCAAGAACCCCAAGCGCCUCGACAACCCGAACGAGGACCAGCCCAUUAUCGGACCCCACUACGUCAAGAUCUCGCCCGACAAGAAGAACCUGCUGGUUACUGGAUACUUUGUCCAGGCUGGCGACAUCUCCGUCCUCAACACCCCGGGCGACUACAAGGGGCACUGGAUUGACAUCCUGCCCGAUGGCUCGCUCAGCUUCAACCGCACCAUUGACUUUGAGGACAUUUUCACCAAGACUCGUGGUGGUGCUCGCCCUCACAGCGUCGUCAUCUUCGACCUUACUGACCCGAAGAACCCCAAGUACUACUAA